CGAGAGUGAGAGAGAGAGAGCUGUGCUUGACAGUGGCGUAGGGAAGUAACGCCUCUGGUAUCGCUUUCCGUUGCCGACGUCGUCUGCUUGAAGCACCAAGCUAAGAUUUCGGACCGAGCGAGUGAUGGGGGAGGAGGAGAAAAAGCCGGAGCAGGGGAAGAAGGAGGAGCCCAAGGCGAAGGAGGAGAACAAGGAGGAGGGGAAGGGUGAGGACGGGAAGAAGGGCGGUGGCGAGGGGGAGAAGAAGGAAGGGGGUGGCGAAGAAAAGAAGGCGGACGAGCCGCCGCCUCCGCCGCCGGAGGAGAUCGUGAUGCGCGUCUACAUGCACUGCGAGGGAUGCGCCAGGAAGGUGAAGCGCUCGUUGAAGGGAUUCGAAGGUGUGGAAGAUGUGAAGACGGACUGCAGGACCCACAAGGUGGUUGUGAAGGGGAAGAAGGCGGCGGAGGACCCGAUGAAAGUGGUGGAGCGGGUCCAGAAGAAGGCGGGGAGGAAGGUGGAGCUGCUGACGCCGCUGCCGCCGCCGAAGCCGGAGAAGAAAGAGGAGGAAAAGAAGGAAGAGGAGAAGCCCAAGGUAGAGGAGAAGAAGGAAGAGCCGCAAGUGAUCGCUGUGGUGCUCAAGGUUCAUAUGCAUUGCGAGGCCUGCGCACAAGAGAUCAAGAAGAGAAUACUAAAGAUGAAAGGGGUGCAGGCGGCGGAACCGGAUCUGAAGGCGUCCCAAGUGACGGUGAAGGGCGUCUUCGACCCGCAGAAGCUGGGGGAGUACGUGUACAAGAGGACCGGGAAGCAGGCGGUGGUGGCGAAGCAGGAGCCGGCGGAGAAGAAGGCGGAGGACGACAAGGGCGGCGGUGGAGACGCGGCCAAAGACGAGAAGAAAGCGGACGAGGCCGGCGGGGGCAAUGCCGAGGGCGAGAAGAAGGAAGAGAAGGACGGCGGCGGUGGCCAAGGAGGAGGAGACGAGAAGGACAAGAAGGAAGGCGGCGGAGCGGCGGAGGACGGGGCGGCACCGGCGACCAAGGUGGUGGAGCUGGUGCGAAACGAGUUCUACCAGUACUACCCGAGAUAUCCCGGGGUGGGAUACGUGGGAUACGCGUAUCCCCCACAGAUCUUCAGCGAUGAGAACCCCAACGCUUGCGCUGUGAUGUAAGACAAGAAGAAGAGAGAGAUCACUCAGUGUGUAAUGAUGCCAUAUUAAUCUCGUGUUGGAAAUAUAUCUUCUUCUUCUUCUUCUUCUUCUUUUGUUCUUAGGCGCUAUGGUUUUCUCAUUUUAGUUUCUCUUUCUUGCUCUAUUUUCUGCUAGUAUGGGUAAAAUUCCAUCUGGAAAUAUGUAGUUGUUCCAUGCUAAUGUAUAAAUAGCUUUCCCUUU